AUCACUGGGUCACGCCGCUGCACGGAGACAGUUAUGAACAGCAACUGAAGUACCAUAUUGCGGGAGGCGAGUUUCUUGACAGGGUGUAACGAACAAAUGGGAGUCGAAAUUGAGACAAUAACCCCUGGCGAUGGAAGGACUUUCCCUAAAAAAGGACAGACGUGUGUCGUGCAUUAUGUUGGCUCCCUGACGGAUGGACGCAAGUUUGACUCAUCCCGUGACAGUGACAAGCCCUUUAGGUUUAAAAUAGGAAAACAGGAAGUGAUCCGUGGCUGGGAUGAGGGAGUCGUGCAGAUGAGUGUCGGUCAGAGGGCCAGGCUGACCUGCUCGCCUGACUUUGCUUACGGGACGAAGGGUCACCCGGGGAUCAUCCCACCCAACGCCACCCUCCUCUUUGAUGUUGAGCUACUAAGCCUUGAAUGAAGCAUCCCCACUACCUAUUUUCUUUAUUUAAAAAUAUUGUCACUUCCAACCUUGGAAACAUAUAGAGAAGAUAGGAGAGUCUACACUUGAUUCUAUAAGAGGCUUGAGUCUAUUGUUGUAACACUUUGGUCAAUAUUUUAUCCAUGUAUACAAAAUCUGUGUUUUUGUCAGUAGCUAGGUUUCCAUCCAAUUGGUGACAGAUUUUCAUGCGAAUAUUCUAAAAUCUAGAUUUACUCACCAGAGAUGCGUGAUGACGUAGUGCACAUAAUUACUGUUGCAGCUAAUUUCCCAUAUACCCAUUUUUUUUUGAGGAAAAAAUGGGUUUCCAUGCAUUUUUAACUCUAAUUAUGUUUUUUUCCCACAAAUGUUGCAUUAUAGUAAAUGUGCCCACUCUGGUAUUGGCACAUGUGCUCUAUCCAACAGUUUACAGAUACAGUGUGGGUAUAGCCUACAAAAGAGCUAGAUUAUAUGUAUAUAUUUUUCAAACGGCAGCCAAGCAUCCAUCAUAAUGUCACCAGAAUUAGACCCUCAAUAUUUAUUGAAAGGAGCAUCAAGCUAAUCCCUGUGCAC